GCCCUCCUCUCAUCGGUCGGCUUCUGCUCCGUUUAAAUCUUUUCCAGCUGAGCUGAAGAACCACAGCACGAGCGCGACCGACGGCUCGAGGCCACUGCGGGUGGAAACCUGUUGCCAAGGAAACUGCAAAAGGCGGGGAAGUCACCACGGAAAAGAAAACUGCAACCAGGCCAGGUUUAUUAUACCUUCUUGAAAUCUCUGCAGCUGUUUGACACUCAGCCAUGUCAUCUCCAGUGCUCCUUAACCUUCUACGUUGUGGUCGCUCCUCCACCAGCAGACAAACCUUCCUCGCUGUACGGUCCUUAACUGAAGCCUCCACAGUGUCUGGGCAGGUGGAUGGAGGGUUGUUGGGAUUGGUCGGUGUUCGGCAGGCCGGUGGGUCGGCCAGGUUUGGAAGUAAUGGCAGUGGCCUACCAGUAACGUGGGACUCGUUUGGGAUUUGGGACAACCGGAUAGAGGAACCGAUUCUGCUGCCAUCCAGUAUCAAAUAUGGAAAACCCAUUCCACAGGUCAGUCUGUCUCGGGUUGGAAGUGCGUCGGUUUUUGGUCGCAGGAAGCAGAAUGAGGAUCGUCUCCGUAUCGCCCGUAUCCACGACAACCUGCUGUACUUUGCCGUGUUCGACGGCCACGGCGGGCCUCAUGCUGCCGACUACUGCUACACCUUCAUGGAAAAAUUCAUCAGAGACGCUUUGGAGGAGAGCGAUGAUCUGGAGAGGGUUUUAAGGAAAGCAUUUUUAGAUGCCGACACGGCUCUACUCACUCAUCUGAAGUACUUCAACAAUGAUUCCUUUCUGAAAGUCGGUACCACGGCAACAGUUGCUCUGCUACGGGACAGCGUGGAACUGGUGGUCGGCAGCGUCGGAGACAGCCGGGCGCUGCUGUGCAGGAAGGGAAAACGCAACAAGCUCACCAAAGACCACACACCUGACCGCAAAGACGAGAGGCAACGCAUCCAGAGGUUUGGUGGGUUCCUGACGUGGAACAGCGUCGGCCAGGCAAACGUCAACGGGCGACUCGCCAUGACACGUAGCAUCGGAGACUUCCACCUGAAGUCCAGCGGCGUCAUCCCAGAGCCAGAAACACAUCGUAUCACAGUCCAACACGCCCACGACUCCUUCCUGGCUUUGACCACAGAUGGAAUCAACUUCCUGCUGAGUGACCAGGAGAUCUGUGAUGUCAUCAACCAGUGCCAUGACCCCACUGAGGCUGCCGAGGUCAUCUCUGAGCAGGCGCUGCAGUACGGGUCCGAGGACAACGCCACCAUCGUCAUCGUCCCUUUUGGAGCCUGGGGGAAACACAAAACUUCCACGGCCAUCUACAGCAUGAGCAGGAACUUUGCUUCGAGUGGCAGAUGGGCGUAGAUGAUGUCAGCAACACCAACACACAACAAGCUCUGAACACAAUCCUAACUGGACUUUAUUUAAACGAUAAAAUACAUUAAAACUAUGCAGAACAAACUGCCCUCCCACUAUCCUUCACUAUCAUCAUGUUAGUAAUAAUCAGCUGACCACUAUGUAAAUAAAGUGUAAAAGAAUUCAUGUUGUAUAUAUAUACGUAUUUAUGGAAGUUUGCAGCCAUGUUUGUUCGGUACGUCGAGGUUGUUUCAUCAUGUUUUGCUUUUAGUUCCAACAUUUUAAACAUCCUGUGUGUUUUAUGUCUUUUUUAUGUGACAGAACUGUCAUGGUGGAAAAAAUGAAACAAAGUUUAAAUUUGAGUUUAUUACAGAUGGCUUGACAUUUCUAAGACAAAUUAAAACCGGUCAUUAGUUACCGACCAGUCAAACCAAACAUUAAACCAGAACAUUGUCCCAAAAAGUCACCUCUGAGAAGAAUAAAGUCCAACAUGUUAA